AUGGGAGCCGCAGUCCCGGGCCGGUGUGCGGGACCGCUGCCUGCCCGCCCGGGGAGCCCAGAGCACGCACGCAGCGCCCCGGCCCCGCGCCCGUCCCGCAUGGAGCUGAGAGCAGGUGAUUCUUGGGGGAUCUUCACCUUCCUGUGCGCCGCGCUUUGCAACCUGCCGGCGCUGCCGGCGCUGAACUGCUCCGAGGAGCUGGGCGCCGGCCAGUCCAUCCAGCAGACGUACGACCUGACCCGCUACCUGGAGCACCAGCUCCGCACCCUCGCCGGCACCUACCUGAACUACCUGGGCCCCCCGUUCAAUGAGCCCGACUUCAACCCGCCGCGGCUGGUGCGCGCCGAGCCACGCGUGCCCAGCGCCACCGUGGACCUGGACCUGUGGCGGGGCCUGACGGACAACGCGCGCCUGGCCGCCAACUACCGGGCCUACAGCCGCCUGCUCUGCUACCUGCGGCUGCUGGACGGGCAGGUGGGCACGGCCGAGCUGCGCCACCGCCUCGCCCACUUCUGCGCCAGCCUGCAGGGGCUGGUGCUCAGCAUCGGCGGCGUCAUGUCCUCGCUGGGGUACCCGCUGCCCGCCGGGCCCGCCGCGCCGCCCGCCGGGCCCCCCGGUGCGCACGCCGCCCCCAAUGACUUCCUGAAGAAGAUGGAUGAUUUCUGGCUGCUGAAGGAGCUGCAGACCUGGCUCUGGCGCUCGGCCAAGGACUUCAACCGCCUCAAGAAGAAGGUGCCGCCCGCUGUGGUCACCCUGCGGCUGGAGGCGAGGGGGUUCUGA